UGCUGGCGUCGCGCCAGCCUCCGCCUCUGCCCUCUUAGCCCGCGGAGUUCGCUGCAAGGCCUGCCUGGUCCGGCCGACUCGGGGCCCUGGCCGCCGCCCCUAACAGGCGGGGGAAGAACCCGGCCGGUUCCUCAGCGAGUUGCUGCCGCCGACCCUGGCAGGCAUCGCUGCCAGAGAUGACUCAACCCUGGGGCUCAUAAAAUACUUUACUUUCCUUGUGGAAUGGAGCAGAUUGGACCAAGCAUUUGGAAUUUAAACACAGCAACCCACCCAGUCCUAGGACCUAGAACUGGUCAGAAAUAUUCCGCCUCAUGCAUCAGAUGAGGAGCGCAGGUUGCAUAUGCUGGACAUCAGAUGGGUGCUGGCCUUCUACAUCGUCCAUUCCCUCAGGGCAGUUCCUGCUGAGAGGGAAGAUUCCCUUUGCCAAGGACACGCGGGGCCUUGCUCUCCCCUCCCCACCGCCCCCCACUGACGCUCUGGGAUCUCGCCCUGCAGCACAGAUGCCCUUCCCAUUUCUCUUCCUGGGCCUGCUGGUGCUCGUUCCAGCCGCAUCCAGUCUGGGAAGGAGCAGAGGGCAGGUGAAGAGCCUCUGGAGCUAUCCCCCUCCCUCCCAGCCUGGAAAGGGGAGAGAGGACCAUUCUGCAGGUUUGGGGAUGGAGACCCCCAGGAGGAGCAGAGGCUCAGUGAAUAUCCGGGUCCCUGAUGACCCUGUGAUCGCCCUCUUUGGUCGGGAUGCCAUCCUCCACUGCUCUUUCUCGCCUGAUGCCAGCUUCAGCCUCGCCGAGCUCAGCCUCAUCUGGCAGCUGACGGACACCAAGCGGUUGGUGCACAGCUUUGCCAGCGGGCAGGACCAGCUGGCCGACCAGGGCAGUGGCUAUGUCAACCGCACAGCCCUAUUCUACGAGGAGCUGCCCCGGGGCAAUGUCUCGCUGCUGCUGCGGCGGGUGCAGAUCUCCGAUGAGGGCAGCUUCACCUGCUUUGUCCGGGUCCAUAGCUACAGCAGUGCGGCGGUGACGCUGCAGGUGGCCGCUUUGUAUUCGAAGCCCAACUUGAACCUGGAGCCCAGCAAGAACCUGAAGCCAGGGGACCUGGUGAUGGUGACCUGCCACACCUUCCACGGCUACCCUGCGGCUACGGUACUCUGGCAGGAUGGCCAGGGAAACAACAUCACGGAGAACGUCACCACCUCCCAGGUGGCCAAUGAGGAAGGGCUCUUUGAUGUGCAGAGCAUCCUCCGUGUGGUGCUGGAGCCCAACAGCACCUACUCCUGCCUGGUGCGGAACCCUGUGCUGCAGCAGGAGACUCAUGCCUCCGUUACCAUCACUGGGCAGCACCUCAGCUUCCCUGCUGUGGCUCUUUGGGUGACUGUGGGACUUGCUAUCUGCAUCUUGGGGCUGCUGGGCGCCCUGGCUUACGUGUGCCGGAAGAAAAUUCGCCAGAGCUGCAAGGAAGAGGAAGAAAAUGCAGGGAUGGAGGAGCAGAGUGAGGAUGGUGGAGAACCCAAGACAGCUUUGCAGCCUCUGAAGAGCAUAGAGAACAAAGAAGGCAACGAACAAGAAAUUGACUGACAGGAAGUGGAAGAGACACACAAACGAAGCCCCAUGCCACAGACUAGCAGACUGUCCUCUCGGACCAUUGUAGCCUUCUGGGGGAUGUCCUAUAGGAGACACUGAACAUCCCAUCCCCUGUGUCACCAUUGCUGCAUACCCUGGCCAUGAAGGACAGCAGCUUCAGCCUGUUUGCUCUGUUUGCUUCACUGUAACCAUCUUUCCCCCUCCCCCACCCAACACACAUACAGGGUAGAUGCGAUUUUGUCACUAUGUAGCGCUUGCUUCCUCACGGGGAUGGAUACACUUUAUUCCCAGGAGUUCUUGUCUUCCUGGCCCGUGCAGCCCAAAGGGGCCUGAUCUCCAUUGUCCUGCACCUUGGGUGCUCACUUCCACCAGUGCAAAGUGGGUGCAUAGUGCUCCCAAUGGUGACCAUUUGCACUCACACUGCCCCGGUGGAAAUGACUGCCCAAGAUGCAGGGCAGUGGAGAGUUGAGCCCAGUAUGUGAAGGGCUCCUUCCUGUAAGGUGAUUAACUUAGAGAUCAGUGGGGUUACUCCUGCAUUUAAAAUUAAGCAGAUGCUAAAGUGCUCUGCUGGAUGGGUUGGAAGGCUCGGUCCCUUGUGAGAUUGAACUCUCCCUGCACAGGAGGUGCAGCCAGCAGGAUCUGAGCAGCCAGGAGGGAUGCAGUGGGGACUCUUGUCCUCUGCCAAACAAGUGUGUAGUCAGGUGACGUGGGUGAUGAGCUCCCCCACCCCCCGCAAUUUUAUCGAUGGUUAAGGGGGUGUUUGGUUAUCAGUGCCCCAAUACAGCACCAGCUCUUGGUGUCUUGGCCCUUAUAGCAUGUAACUAACACGAGAGCCGGCCCUACGGCUCCAUGGAUGUCCCUCUUCCCCACUCCCAGCCAUCCUUCCCCCACUCUCACCACAGAUCAGGCUCCAGCUUAUUCCCAAACCCUAAAUUCAGCUUCUAAAGGGGGCGGGCAGGGGAAGGGAUGGGACCAGUUGUCUGUCUUUCAGAAGAUCCUAAAGGCAGAGGCUCUGAGUGUCCUUGUGCCCUCCUGUCUGCUUUUCCUCUCCUGCACCUGGUGCCUGAGGCCCAACCACAACCGCUCUCCUCCACUCAACCAAGGGGAGCCUGCUGAUCAUUGGACUAUCCUCCCCACAAGAUGCCUUCAUGGACAAGGUUCAACAACCUCCAAGCAGCAGGCCUGUGGAGGUAAACAAUGGGCCCAAGAAGGUCUUUGAAGCUCCUUGGAGAUGGACAGUGGGUCCAGGUGACUGUAGAGAUGGAGAAUGGCCUAGUGCCAUUGUAGAGGCUCCAUGGGGAUGGAGCUCAUAGACUUGAGUGGAAGUGGUCCAUGGUCUUGGUCUUGGUCCUGGUUAUGGCAGAGGCACAGUUCCAGAGGGCAUCUUGUUGAUAUCUAACGUUGUACCACUGUCAUCAGCAUGUGUCUUUUGCCAUAAGCCCCUGGAGCCAGAUCUGUCCCUGGCUUAAUUCCAUUGAGGUUGGUGGAGUUACCCCAGGGGUGGGUUUGGCCCAGAAGAUUUUGUUGGGGCAGGAGGGGGAGAGGAAACGUCAUAGAUCUCACCCCCCUGCCCAGGAGUCAGGAAGUAUCUGUAACUGGAUGUUGCGCCUGCUUGAGCCAAGGAUGAGGAGGGAAACUUGCAGGUCAGAUGUGACCCUCGGCUACUAACUCCCAAGCUGCUUGCGUCCCUGCUGGAGAAGGGGAUGGGCAUGAGUGGAGGCAGGGAUGAAUUCUCUCAUCAUUUUUGCAUCCCUGGUUGGGAGGGAUAAUCCACAAUUUUCUGCAGCAAAGCUAUCCCCAUUACCUGCUCUAUCCAUUGGAAAGCCUCCUCUGCAGCCUGGUUCCAGGGCCAGUGAGGCCAACGGCGCCACCUCAGCUGCCUGCGAGGAGCACUGUGAAGUUAAAUGGGAGUCCCCCCCAUGAUUGUAGCUCUCACACACUGGCCAGUCUCUUCCUGGGCAUCAGGUGGCCAUUUUGAAGCCAAGGUUUCCCAUGAGCUGAUGCCUCUAAAGUUUGUGUUUUGGGGUCAGCAACUCUGAGGUGAAUGGAAAAUACAUGACUGAGCAGCAUGGAACCUGCCUGUGACCCUAAGUUUUUCCUGUCAGAAAGCUAGAGGCAAGAGGAAGCUAGGCUGUGAGAAUCUAAUGGGCCUGCCUUCUCAGCCCCACCCAUGGUUCAUCGGAAUCACUGGGCUUCUCAGCUUUGUCAAUGGGGGUGGGGUGCGAUUAACUUCACUGGGGAUGCACUCAUGUAUCCCAGCUGAAGAACUGAGGGGCUAUUAUAGGUGGCGGGGGAGCACCUCCUAUCAUUAAGAUUUGCCGACACCUCCCUAUAUAAGACCUUGCUUUCAGUUGCUUUAUAACUUUGCCAAGCUUUAGCCAUUUGGGUGGAGAUUUUCCAUGCCAGAGGUCUGCCUCAGGCUGAAUGUGUUUGGCAGAUUUCAGCCAGAAUGGCUUGGCUGUUUCUGAGAAUGAGGCUAAGGGAAAGUACAUUGUUUAGUCCACGUUAAAAAUCAUUUGGGUGCCCUUUUCUUUGAGCAGCUUUAGCACCCCCUUGCUUGGGAAUGGGGACUUGACAUUUGGUGGGGGCAUGGCCUCUGUGUCAGGGAUGUGCCUGUUGCCACCCCGGUGAAAAUCUGCCCACAUUUGGUCAAGUUUCAUUUUAAAAUUGCAGUUUGCAUGUGCCCAGAGACUUCAGUUUUGCCAGCUAAAAUCUGUGAUGAUUCCAUCCUCACUGAGCAUGCUCGAGGCUCUCUCAGCUCCUAGCGCUGACCAGACUGUGCAUGUGCCAUCCCCAAAGAGCAGCUCUGCAUGCUGCUGCUAGACUAGGGCUGCUGGGACAAAGCUGGACUUGCCCUGUGAUUGCUGCUCUAGGCCAGGUGUGGCUGGGCACUAGAGCUGAGGGCAGAGAGGCUCUCUCUUGUGCUCUCAGGAUCCAGGCACUUUGGCAGAGGAAACUGUCUGAUGUGAGUGCAGAGGGGACAAAAGCUGGAUCGGGGCAGAAGAAGGAGUAAAUCGGUGACAUGGAAUCUAGUAAGCCUGGGGAUGCUGGGACCAGCUGGACAAGGAGGCUGUAGGGUGACCAGAUGUCCCGAUUUUAUAGGGACAGUCCUGAUUUUAGGGUCUUUUUUCUUAUAUAGGGUCCUAUUACCCCCGACCCCUGUCCCGAUUUUUCACAUUUGCUAUCUGGUCACCCUAGGAGGCUGGGACUAGCAACUGGGGGAGGGACUGGGAACCAGGGAGAGAAAUGGGACAGGACUGGGAGCCAGUUGGCGGGUCGGGGGGGGGGGGUUGACUAGCACUGGCUGGACAAUGAGGCUGGGAUUAGAGACCAGUGAGCGACGGGCAAAGGGAGCAGGGGGAGGGGGACAGCUGAAAAGGAGCUGGGCUGUGGGAGAACUGGGACUGCUUGGGCAAAGAGACUGGGCAAGGAGCCAGAGAGGGGGAGAUUGGGGCAGAAGGGUGGGAAGGGGAGACUGAAUUUAAAUGAGCAGCCCCGGGAGGGAGAUUAGGAGUGGGAGCCUAUGGGGAUGGGAAGCAGAGGGAGCUCAGAUGUGGAGCUGGGAGAGGAGUUGGGGCAAGAUUGGGAGAAUUGUGGCUGGGUGUGAGUGAGACUGGGAGUCGGGGGAGAGUUUGGGAUUUGGAGAGUGCGGGGGUGGGGGGGAUACUAGUGUAGGGGCUGGGCAAGGAGAUGGGCUGGGAUGAGAAACCUGAGCCGUAGAGGUGACUGGGUAGGCCAGGAGAAUGGGACUGGAACAAGGAGCCAGGGCUGGGGAAACGACAGAGAUAGGAAUAGCUUGGUGGUGGUAGGGGAAGAGGGAAGUGCUGAGCACACCCUGCUGCAGCUGGUCGGUGAGAGCUCUGAUUGAAUACAGAAAGUGCUAUAUAAUGCUUAUCAGGCCCUCGGUGCCUUCUAUUGGGCACCAAAAUUAGUAGAUACUUUUUUACCUUAAUCUUUCUGUGCCUCAGCUGUCCACCUGUAAGAUGUGGAUAAUACCUCCUCAUCUCUCCAGGGUGCUGGGGAUGGGGGAUUCUUCGCUACUCUAAUGACGAGUGCAGGGUAAGUGAAUAACUCUGUCUCAAAGCAGGGUUUGACUAGUGGGCAGUAGGUGGGGCGUGGGGCCUCAAACGGAACAAAAUAUUGACUAGCUGCUCAUUAAGGGAACACCGUCCACCUUGUGCCAUGAUGGGAAAAACAGUAUGAGAUUGUGUAAUUAAAGGCUGUGUCAUAACACAUACGCACCAGGGACCGAAUUUAGAUUGCCAAGGCAGCCUUAAUUUUGGCAUUUCCUAACUUUUGAUGGCUUGACUUUGCAAUCUAAAUAGCUUCCUUUUAAUGUAGCUUUUGUGUGUAACAAAGACCUGUGCAGGCCACUAAAUGUUUGAGUUAAGGGGCCCAAGACAGAAUGUUCCGGGCCAUAAAGGGUCAAAACCAUUUAAGCUGUGCUCACAGCACCAGCGGAAACAUAAAGGGGCAGACCAAAGUCAGGGAGGUGCCAGCAUUGUCCGGCCAGCCUGCCUUAUGCACAGUUUCUGAUCCCUGGCUGCCUUCUUCACCCUCCAUCUCUGCUUCUCAUACCCAAGCCCCACUGUGCUGCAUUCCUACAUCCUCGGCACUCAUCUCCGGCCCCACUCAGGCAGCGAGAUACCAUUGGGCUAGAAUCAAGGUCUGGUUUGGUAUUUUUUAAUUAUUUAAAUUCCAGAAUCUGGAGUAUUUUGUGCCUUGACACUUACAUUUUGGGGAAAAUAAACGCUUGGUUCUUUUUGACAAAG